AUGGUUGUAAAUGUUUUCGCUGUUCGAUCUGGUGGAGCUACUGGAGUUGUUGUUAAAGGUUUGGAGGAUAAAAACCCCAUCUCGUUCAGGAUGGAAGAUAAAGGGGAAGUGAAAUGCAUCAAGUUUUCCUUGGGAAACAAGAUACUAGCAGUCCAGAGGACUUUGAAGAAUGUGGAUUUUUUGAAUUUUAUUCCAGACAGCCCUCAGCUAGAAUAUACACAGGAAUGUAAGACCAAGAACGCCAAUAUUCUAGGAUUCUGCUGGACAAGUUCUACAGAAAUAGUCUUCAUCACAGAUCAAGGAAUUGAAUUCUACCAGGUAUUACCAGAGAAACGAAGUUUAAAACUUCUGAAAAAUCAGAGUAUUAAUGUUAACUGGUAUAUGUACUGCCCGGAGAGCUCUGUUAUUCUUCUGUCCACCACUGUCCUCGGCAAUGUCCUGCAGCCCUUCUAUUUCAAGAGUGGAACGAUGUCAAAGCUCUCCAAAUUUGAGAUCGAGUUACCUGCAGCACCCAAGUCCUCCAAGCUCAGCCUCUCUGAGAGAGACAUCGCGCUGGCUACGAUAUAUGGGCAGCUUUAUGUGCUCUACUUGAGGCAUCACUCGAGGACUUCCAAUAGCACAGGAGCAGAAGUAGUUCUCUAUCACUUACCCAGGGAAGGCUCCUGUAAGAAGACCCAUAUUUUAAAGCUGAACAGAACAGGAAAGUUUGCACUAAAUGUUGUGGAUAACUUGGUGGUAGUACAUCAUCAGGACACUGAGACUUCAGUUAUAUUUGACAUCAAGCUAAAAGGAGAAUUUGAUGGGACUACCACCAUCCAUCAGUUUGUGCUUCCGCCUCGGUCAAUACAGCCCUAUCAGAUACCUGUGGCAGGUCCAGCCUCGGUGACAAGUCAGUCUCCUGUUCCAUGUAAACUCUAUUCCUCCUCGUGGAUUGUCUUUCAACCUGACAUUAUCAUCAGUGCAAGUGAAGGCUACCUGUGGAAUCUUCAGGUGAAGCUUGAGCCUGUAGUUAACCUUCUGCCUGAUAAAGGAAGACUGAUGGAUUUCCUGCUCCAGAGGAAAGAAUGCAAAAUGGUCAUCCUAGCUGUGUGCUCACAAAUGCUCAGUGAGCCAAGAAGAGGAUCACUGUCUGUGAUUGCAACUGUUUUUGACAAACUGAAUCAUGAAUACAAGAAGUACUUGGAAGCUGAGCAAAGUUAUACUCUGGUGGUAGAAGCAGGCCAGAGUAGAAGCAAUCUGCUCCUGAAGCGCCCCGUCCGCACGCAGGCUGUCAUCGACCAGUCUGACAUGUACACCCAUGUUCUGUCUGUGUUCACAGAGAAGAAGGAAGCACCUCAUAAGUUCACCAUAGCAGUCCUCAUGGAGUACAUUCGCUCCCUUAACCAGUUCCAGAUCGCUGUUCAGCACUACUUGUAUGAGCUGGUCAUCAAAACCCUGGUUCAGCACAACUUGUUCUACAUGCUCCACCAGUUCCUGCAGUACCAUGUUCUCAGCGACUCCAAGCCUUUGGCUUGUUUAUUACUGUCUCUGGAAAGCAUUUACCCUCCUGCCCAUCAGCUUUCUCUGGACAUGUUAAAAAGGCUUUCCACAGCAAAUGAUGAGAUAGUAGAAGUUCUGUUGUCCAAGCACCAAGUUCUGGCUGCCCUGAGAUUCAUCAGAGGUAUUGGAGGACACGACAGUAUUUCAGCCCGCAAGUUCCUUGAUGCAGCAAAACAGGCAGAAGAUGACAUGCUUUUCUACACUAUAUUCAGAUUUUUUGAACAAAGAAAUCAGCGAUUACGAGGAAACCCAAGUUUCACACCAGGUGAGCACUGUGAAGAACAUGUCACCUUCUUUAAACAGGUUUUUGGAGAACAAGCACUCAUGAAGCCCACAACUUUCUGAAUACUCUUCCACUGAAAUGUAUAAACUUAAUUUAUUGCAUUUGAGUAGAUUUUGAACUACAAAAUUGCUAUUUUAUAAUAAAGUAUAUACAAGACA